UUACAAUAUGCAGCAAAAUCCGUCAGUGACACAGGAAUCAAUUUGAAGUUUUCAGACGUGAAGUGCCUAGAAAGAACUCGUGUUGUUUUGAAAUGGCCACCGGGCGAUAAGAACGAUUUUAUCCAUGCAAAUUGGGUUAAACAUGAACUGCUCGAGAAUGAUUUUAUUUGCUGUCAGGCUCCACUAGAGGCAACGAUUGGAGAUUUUUGGCGUAUGGUUUGGCAAGAAAAAGUACGUCAAAUUAUAAUGUUGUGCAAUUUGGCCGAGCUAGGAAGAGUAAAAUGUUGUGAAUAUUGGCCUCAAAAGGUGGGCAAUAAACUGGAAUUCGGCAAUUUAACAAUCAGUUGCAAGUCAGUGGACACAAGCGACUCGAGUUUCGUCUACACAAAACUUGUUCUUCAAUGUGGUGCAGAAACUCGACAUGUUGACCAUCUACAGUGGGUAUCAUGGCCUGAUCGAAGUGUACCAAAGACCCCAAUGGCUCCAUUUCGUCUCCUUCAAUAUUCUCGUCAUUACACGAACAAUCCAUCGGUUAUUCACUGUUCGGCCGGAAUUGGACGCACGGGAACAUUGGUCAUGAUAGAAAUCGCCACCAAGUUCGUCUUCGAAACGAAUACCUAUCUCCAAAUUUGCUUCCAUAACAUUAGAAUCCUCCUCGCUCAAGCUCUGCGUCCAAUACCCAACAAAUUGCACAGCAGUUUCAAUAUGCUAGCAUAG